UCAUCGUCACCUUGCGGUACCCGGAUGCUCAUGACAACAAUUAGAAUAAGUAAAUAAGCACCGGGACACCGGUUCACAUCUGACCCCCUCCCCGUCACCGCGGACCUCGAGCCCGGCAGGUCGCACCGGUGGGCGGUACCUCCACAGCAGAAUGUGGGGCAUUUGCAGCAGAACCGUGGGGAAGUUGGGGAUGGCGAAACCCUGUCGCCUGGUGAAACCAAACCAUUUGAUGAAGCCUGUGUCGGCGACCCGGGUGUCGGGCAGGUACCUGAGCCACCAGCAGGGCCUGCCCCACCUGCCCGUGCCCCCGCUGCAGCAGACCUGCGAGCGCUACGUGGCGGCGCUGGAGCCCAUCGUGGAGGAGGAGGAGCUGCAGCGCACCAGGGAGCUGAUGCAGGACUUCCAGAGAGCCGGAGGCGUCGGAGAGAGGCUGCAGAGAGGCCUGGAGAAGAGAGCCCGUCGCACUGAGAACUGGUUGUCGGAGUGGUGGGUGCAACUCGCUUAUCUUGAGUACAGGCUGCCCGUGGUGGUGCAUUCAAGUCCUGGGCUGGUUCUACCUCGCAUGAACUUCAGUGAUAAACAGGGACAAAUAAGCUUUGCUGCCAAACUGAUCGCAGGUGUUUUGGACUUUAAGACGAUGAUCGACAAUGAGACUCUUCCCGUGGAGUUCCUGGGAGGAAAGUCGCUGUGCAUGAGUCAGUACUAUGAAGUUCUGUCGUCCUGUCGUAUCCCCGGUCUGAAGAGAGACUCGGUGGUGAACCACGCCAAGGGCUCGCCGCCCCCCAGACACAUCACCGUCGUGCACAACUUCCAGUUCUUUGCGUUGGACGUGUACGGCGGCGACGGGGUGCCACUGACGGUCGAGCAACUCCGUGUUCAGCUGGAAAGAAUCUGCAGCUCCUCCUCUUCGCCACCGCAGAGCGCCGACGACGUGGAGCCCGUUGGCAUCCUGACCACGCAGCACCGCGACUCCUGGGGGAAGGCCUACCUCAACCUCGUCAAGGACAAGACCAACAGAGAAUCGGUGUCCAUCAUCCAGAGGAGCAUCUUCGCCCUGUGUUUGGACGGAGCGAUGCCCCGAGUGUCUGACGAGAUGAUCCGCAGCUCCGCGGCCGUGCAGAUGCUGCACGGAGGAGGCAGUGAGUGGAACAGCGCCAACCGCUGGUUCGACAAGACGCUGCAGUUUAUUGUUGGCGAAGACGGAACGUGCGGAGCGAACUACGAGCACGCGCCAGCCGAGGGCCCGCCCAUCGUGGCCUUGAUCGACCACGUCGUCGAAUACACGAGGAAGCUGGAGACGGAGACGCCUCCCUCCUCGCUGCCUCUGCCCAACCCCCAGAAACUCCACUUCAACAUCACACCUGAGGUGAAGCGGGACAUCGAGGAGGCCAAGCAGAGUAUGAACAUCCUGGCCGAGGACCUGGACGUGAGGGUUGUGGUCUUCGGCCACUUCGGGAAAAGUGUCCCAAAGUCCCACAAGAUGAGUCCAGACGCUUUCAUCCAGAUGGCGCUGCAGCUGGCGUACUACAGGAUGUAUCAGCGCUGCUGUGCCACGUAUGAAAGCGCCUCACUGCGUAUGUUCCGACUAGGACGUACAGACACGAUCCGAUCCGCCUCCGCUGCAUCCGCUGCCUUUGUCAAGGCCUUCGACGACGCCGGCAGACAGAACACAGAGAAGGUGGAUCUGAUGGAGCGAGCUGUGCAUGCUCACAGGUCGUACACCAACAUGUUCUCUGCCUCCUCGCAGGCGAUCAGCGGCCAGGCGAUAGACAGACACCUCCUGGGCCUGAAGAUGCAGGCGGUCGACGAGCAACUCUCCACGCCCAGGAUCUUCAGAGACGCCGCCUACGCCAAAGCGUUACACUACCAGCUCUCGACGAGUCAGGUCCCAUCCCAGACGGACUGCGUCAUGUGCUUCGGUCCGGUCGUGCCCGACGGAUACGGCGUCUGCUACAACCCCAUGAGCGACCACAUCAACUUCUCCGUGUCGGCGUUCAACGCGUGCGAGGAGACGGACGCUGCACGUCUCGCUCGGACUCUGGAGGAAUCUCUGCUGGACAUGAGGACUCUGCUGGACCAGACGCCACGAGCCAAACUGUGAACUGGCCCCCCUCUCUUCCUCCUCCUCUUCUACACCGUCUUCCCAGCCUCCUCUCUUCCUCUUCUCUCACCCCAACCAUUCGAUCAUGGCCACCCAGGCGGAGUCCGGUCCGGUCCAGUUCCCCUGGAGUUUUCUUCUUCUCUCACUAUGUAAAGUGCCUUGAGAUAAUAGUUGUUGUACAGAUGAAAAAUUUAUUUAACCAACCUCUUCACAGACGAAUGCCACAGGUCUUGUUUCCGUGACGACUCCCUGAUGGGGAUUAAGUAGCUGAAUCUCACACCUGAGCCAGUAUUUUUGUUUUUAUAAAAGUUUGUGAACGGAAAAAUAUCUUUCUCAUGAUCAUUUCAAUCAACAGUUCUCAAGCUGCAAACAAACGGUUUUAAUCGCUGGUAAAUCGAGAUGUGGUGUUUAAUAUCGGUGACGUCACAUAACAAGACGUUGGAACUUUUCUGUGCCUCAGAGACCUUCAGUGUCUAGAAACUGCUGCGUCACCGCAGUGAACUCGCUCAGUCGAUUUUUCUGACAAGUUUUCGUUGACACAGCACAAGUUACAUCUCAAAACUCUUCCACGUCGUCCUCACAUAUAAAUCAUGUGGCUGCUGAACAAUCUUUCUCAUAUUGAGCACUACAGGUGCACGUUAAUAAUCAGGAUUAGUAGGUUUGAAGUAGGGCUGCAACUAACGAUUAUUUUCAUUAUCAAUUAAUCUGACGAUUAUUUUAGUUGGUGAAUAAUUUAGUAGUCGAUUACCAAUCGUUUAACUGUUGCAGCUCUAAUAUGAAGAUUAUUUUGUUGUUUGUAUCGAUCUGAUCUUCCUUUUAUUCUGAAGGUCGGUGCCUAAUUUAUUUUUAAUAUUAAUGUUUCCGAGUCAUUUCAUCACACAAAGUGCUUCAGUACAAAGUAAUCCAUCGCCUCGGUGCAUUAAUCUGUGGUUAGAAAAUAUCAAUAUUUCCUACCAUACCACACCUGCCUCGCUCUGAAGCUUCUUCCCGUCACCACAAUGAAAAUCUGUUUUUCAUUUCUUCACUUUUAAAAGCUGUUUUAAUUUAAAAAUUUGUUUUUUUUUUAAUCGUGUGUAAAAUGCAGAAUCACACGACCCGUCCUCAGACUGAAUCGCCUAGUUACUAGUUACGGACAGUUUCUUUUCGUUAAAACCUCGUUUGUCGUGUACGACGGAGAAUUUACAGGAGGUUUAACAGAAGGGAUGUAAUUAUUAUGAUGAAGGUAGAAAUGAAGAUGAUUAUAUCUGGAGGAAAGUUGUGUGAUAACAGGGGUUAUAUAUAUGACUGGGGAGCAGAGUUGUGGAGAUGAUUGGUGUUGAAAUUGUUCAACCUCCUCCUGAAAAAACAUUAAAAAAUAAAAAACUUU